GCGUCAUUGGUUACACAGCUUUGACUGGCCAUCUUGGCCCCCACAAUGCUGAGCUGGGGCGCUCCAGCGCUAUCCCUGCCAUGCAGGCACGCUGGUCCGUUACAAAGACCGACAGCAGUGAGACUGUUUGGGACAGAUAUGACCGGCAGGGCGGUCGCAUUGGUGCCGGGGGCUUCGGCUUCGUUUACAAGGCGCAGAGCCGAGCCUCCAAAGAGAUGGUCGCGGUUAAGGCUGUCCCGAAGUUGGACCUCAAGCGGGCGCCGCAAACCGCCCCUGAGCAGCUAGCACAGAUGCGAAGGCGUGAUGCUCAGCGCCUCAACGAAGAGAUCAAGAUCAUGAGGAUGUUAGAUCACGCAAACAUCGUUCAGCUCUUCGAGACCUUCGAGGAUGCUGAGAAUGUUUUCCUUGUCAUGGAGCUCUGUAGUGGCGGCGAACUUCUAGGUUUCAUCCUGGAGACUGGGUACCACAGUGAGUUGCAGGCAGCCAACAUCAUGCGCCAGGUCUUAGCCGCUGUUCGCUACAUGCACUCAGUCCAAGUGUGCCACCGAGACUUGAAACAUGCCAACACCCUGGUGAUGAGCCAAGCUUCAAUGAGCGAGAAUGUGGUGAAAGUGGUGGACUUUGGAUUGGCAUGUCAUUUCACACCUGGAGAGCCUAUGCGACAGUGCGCCGGUACGGUGGUCUACGUGGCACCACAGGUCUUGGAGUGCAAGUACGAUCAUCAAGUUGACCUUUGGAGCUGUGGAGUAUUGCUCUACAUCCUUUUGUGUGGAUUCCCGCCCUUCCGUGGAGAGACGGAUGCAGCCAUCAUGACGGCCAUUCGAAGGGGGAACUAUUCUUUUCCGUCGUCAGAUUGGUCCACCAUCAGUGAGGAAGCGAAAUCGUUAAUCCGUUCCCUUUUGAAGAUGAAGGUGAAGGAUCGCAUCAGCGCUGAUGAUGCACUUGAUCACGCCUGGAUUAAGGAUCCACCACGAGAUGGAAUGCUUCUGGGCAAGGCGUUGGAGCGAAUCCGGAAGUUCAUGGCUGUGCAGCGUCAGACACAGGAUUUGAAUCCACAGCACGAAGGAGGCGAGCCGUGCGGUGAGCCAGAACUGGCCAAGUGCACAUCGCAGUCUUCGAUUGCCACAUGGGUCCCACAAGGGAGGGCCUCGCCUGGUGCAUGGUUCCAGCAGCAACUGGCAGCUCUUGGUGCGGCUGUAGGUUCUGUGAUGACAAAGAGCACCACCAAGAGGGCUCAGGACUCUUCGCAAAACUCCAAGCCAGAGGAGACCGCUGAAGCAGUGCAGGACAUGAGCCCAAGCCAAAUGUUCCGCCUCAAGCACUUAAAGGAGGAGGAGCGCGAAGCCCAUGAAGCCAAAAUGGCCAUGCAGGAGCUGAGCCCAGUCAGCUUGUUCUUCCGGCAAAAGCAUGUGGAAGAGGAGGCUUCACCUACGAGUCCAAUGAAGCAGGUCAUUGAGGUGUCGCCCUUCGAGCCAAGCUCGCCGAGCAAAGUGCUGAGAUCCGAGGUCUCGCCCACGCCAAGCUCACCCGGCAAAGUCGUCAGAUCUGAGGUCUCGACUGCAGAGCCCAGCUUCUUUUCGCCUAGAAUCUCACCCCAAGCGGCAAAGCCGGAGGUUGUGCCAACACCAAUAUGGCUUCAGCCCUUACCAGGGAAUUCGCUGUCCUACCUCAGCAGCACAGAGAAGCCCUACGUGGAUGGAGACGAUGAUCUGCCCCCACCGCCACAGGAAUCCCCUUGUGAUAGCGAGCCAGAGCAGGAGGCAGAAAGGGCCUUUGUGGGGCAGCCCUUGGAAUUCUUCUCCAAGUCUGCAAAGCGCUGGCUGCCGUGUGAAGUGAUAAACGUCCGCAGCGACCUUGCCAUUAUGGUCAAUGUGAAGCCAAACACUUGGCUGACACUGGAGGUCCAAAGGGCCCGCAUCCGAUCGCCACAGCUCCGAAAGGUGCAGGAUGGCAUCCCGGCAGUGCAUGAUAUUGAUCAAUUUGCAACUGUGUCGUCAGGUCGCCUUGUGGUUGGCCAAGCUGUCGAAUAUCUCUCCGCCUCUGCUGGGCGCUGGAUACCUUGCGAAGUGACGCACGUGGAUGCAGAGCAUUCCAUUCAGCUGGAUGUGAAGCCGGGGUGUUGGAUCCCUUUGCGCUACCAGAAGCAGCACAUUCGGUUGGCCAGUGCUGCUCAGGCUGAAAAGGUGUCCUCUGCCUCAGGCUAUGCUACUGCUGAAAGUGCAGACAUGGAGUUGGAGUACUACUCGUUGAAGCUCUCAGCCUGGAUCCCCUGUGUCGUCCUGGAGAAGGAGAUCGCGACGGGCAACAUUGUCAUCGAUGCGCUGCCAUAUGCCUGGAUUACGCCGGCGCAGCAGGCGAGCUACCUGAGAACUGUGGCACCUCAGAAUCUACGAGUUCCAUUGAUUGGUGACAAGGUCGUGUACUUUUCUGCAUCCCACAAGCGAUGGAUUCCAAGCAUCAUCACAGAUGUCGGAGACAAAGAUGAAGUGGAGCUGGAGAUCAAGCCAGGAGUUUGGAUCAACCGAGAGGCGCAGAGGAAAGUCCUGCGCUGGUGUGCCAGCCAACUUUGAGCCAAGCAAGGCACGCUCAGGGCCAAAGAAUUUAGAACAGGAAUUAAAGGGUGCCCAUUUCUCAUGUGUCAGAAUAUGUGGGAACCUCAUCAUGCUGUACGGAAUUGUACAGAGGAAGUGUCGGGAGAUUUGUGGAGAUGCAUACACUCGUGUGGCGAUGGUGGCAUUUGCGUUGUCGCAUCAUGCUCGCUGUGAGUGCAUCGUAGUGUCGAUCACAGCUCGCCUCAAUCCACCCAACUGUUCUGAACCGCAAUUGAACAU